AUGGAGAAUUUCACAGUAUUCAACGAGACUCUGGGAACUUGGACUGACCGCAGUGUCGAAUACAAGGCGAUCAGCGUCCUCAUAGUUUUCUUCAUAUGCGCUCUCGGGAUAGUUGGAAACGUGAUGGUCAUCCUGGUGGUUCUCACCACCAAACAUAUGCGGACCCCGACCAAUGGCUAUCUGGUUAGUUUGGCUGUCGCAGACCUGAUGGUGUUGAUCGCAGCCGGUCUGCCGAGCAUUGCGGACAGUUUGUUCGGUUCAUGGAUUUUUGGGCACGCGGGGUGCUUGUGCAUCACAUACUUUCAAUAUCUAGGAAUCAACGCAUCCUCGUGCUCCAUAACAGCGUUCACUAUAGAGCGAUACAUCGCCAUAUGUCACCCGAUCAAAGCGCAGUUUUUAUGCACGCUCUCGCGCGCGAAGAAGAUUAUUUUUGGAGUUUGGGUUUUCACAUCGCUUUACUGCGUAAUGUGGUUUUACCUAUCCGAUAUCCAACAGGUGCUCUACAGAGAUGUCACUAUAAUAACGUGCGCUUACAAAGUGUCCAGAAACCUUUACCUGCCCAUAUAUUUUUUCGAUUUUGGCAUAUUUUUUGUUCUGCCGCUUACUCUUGCUACUGUCCUGUACGGCCUCAUUGCGAGAAUCUUGUUUCUUAAUCCUCUUCCGUCGGACAAGAACGGGCAAGACAACUUCUCCAAAGCCCAAAAGAACAAGAUAAAGAAUUCCAGCCGCUGCUCCAGCACGACUGCAGCAUCCAGAAGACAGGUUACAAAAAUGCUGGCAGUGGUGGUCAUUCUGUUCGCUGUGCUUUGGAUGCCAUACCGCAGUCUGGUGGUAGUGAACUCUUUCCUGCAAGAGGCCUACCUGGAUACCUGGUUUCUGCUGUUCUGCCGCACAUGUGUCUACCUCAACAGCGCCAUUAACCCUCUUAUCUACAACGCUAUGUCUCAAAAGUUCCGCGCCGCCUUCAGAAGGCUCUGCCACUGUGGACGCAAUGCCCAGGCUAACAAGGCAGCCUAUAGUGUGGCACUAACUUACAGUGUUGCCAAGGAAACGUCAACGGUGGAAAGCACAGGGCAUUUUUCAACAGAGAUAGAUGAUCUGACACCGACAGACGAGCUGUUUCCUGAUAAGAAGCUUCUGUAUCCAGGGGACUGUGACUUUAGGAAGGAGACAUUCAGUCAGGCCUGAUAAACUCACAACAGCUACACACAUCAUAAAUCUCUGAAUACUGGCGGUCUAACGUAACAUUACACAUUGACCUGCAGGGACAGAACUUUGAAAGUUUCACUUUAUCUUUAUUUUUAAAAAGUCAUG